AUGUCUGACGGUCAGGAAACUGACAAGAACAUCGAGAUUUGGAAGAUCAAGAAGUUGAUCAAGGCAUUGGAAGCUGCUAGAGGCAAUGGCACCAGCAUGAUCUCUCUGAUUAUGCCACCACGUGACCAAAUUUCCCGUGUGACCAAGAUGUUGGGUGAUGAAUAUGGUACUGCUUCAAACAUUAAGAGUAGAGUCAAUCGGCAAUCUGUUUUAGCAGCCAUCACCUCAGCUCAGCAGAGGCUGAAGCUGUAUAACAAGGUUCCCCCAAAUGGACUUGUUCUCUACACUGGAACAAUUGUUACUGAAGAUGGCAAGGAAAAGAAAGUUACUAUUGAUUUUGAGCCCUUCAGGCCUAUCAAUGCAUCCUUGUACCUUUGUGACAAUAAGUUCCACACUGAAGCUUUGAAUGAACUCUUGGAAUCUGAUGACAAGUUUGGCUUCAUUGUUAUGGAUGGUAAUGGAACUCUUUUUGGUACACUGAGUGGCAGUACUCGUGAAGUGCUUCACAAAUUCACUGUUGAUCUCCCAAAGAAGCAUGGAAGAGGAGGACAAUCUGCUCUUCGGUUUGCUCGGCUUCGGAUGGAAAAACGUCAUAAUUAUGUGCGAAAGACAGCUGAACUUGCUACACAGUUUUUCAUCAAUCCAGCUACCAGUCAGCCUAAUGUUGCUGGACUUAUAUUGGCUGGUUCUGCUGAUUUUAAGACAGAAUUGAGCCAAUCUGACAUGUUUGAUCAACGUCUCCAGGCCAAAAUACUUAACGUUGUUGAUGUUUCAUAUGGUGGGGAGAAUGGUUUUAACCAAGCUAUUGAGUUGUCAGCUGAAAUUCUAGCAAAUGUGAAGUUCAUACAAGAGAAAAAGCUGAUUGGAAAGUAUUUUGAAGAAAUUAGUCAAGAUACGGGGAAGUAUGUGUUUGGUGUUGAUGACACACUGAAAGCCCUUGAAAUGGGUGCUGUGGAAACACUGAUAGUGUGGGAAAACCUUGAUGUCAACAGAUAUGUGCUUAAGAAUAGUGCAACUGGAGAAACUGUUAUUAAACAUCUGAACAAAGAGCAAGAAGCUGACCAGAGUCAUUUCCGUGAUCCGUCUACCAAUGCUGAGUUGGAGGUUCAGGAGAAAACCUCACUCUUGGAAUGGUUUGCCAAUGAGUACAAAAAGUUUGGGUGCACACUGGAAUUUGUUACCAACAAAUCUCAAGAAGGAUCUCAGUUUUGCAGAGGAUUUGGUGGCAUUGGUGGCAUGUUGCGCUAUCAACUGGACAUCCGUUCUUUUGAUGAGCUUUCUGAUGAUGAGGGUGUCUAUGAAGACUCUGAUUAA